UUGCGUGUGCACCCUGUGGGUUUUCUCCGGGUGCUCCAGUUUCCUCCCACAUUCCAAACACAGGCAUGGCAUAAUGGAACACUCUAAAUUCUACCGAGGUGUGAUUGUGAGCGGGAAUGUGCAGUUCAGGGUGAAACCCGCCUACUGCCCGAAGACAGCUGGAAUAGGCUUCAGCACGGCCGCAGCCCUUGUGAGGAUGAGAAGAUUAGAGAAAACACAAAGAAACCCCACAUAGGCACGGAGGGAUCAUGCAAAAUCCACACAGGAAGCCCUGAACCGGAAUCGAACCCUGCACCUAUGCACUGUGAGGCAAACAUGCUCAUCAGUUGGUCACCCAAAUAAAUACCAUUUGCUGCAAAGAGAUUUACGCAUUUUUUGUUACCAACUCCUUUAAAAAUGUAAUUAUUGUUAUUAUUAUUAUUAUUAUGCAAGUCAUUAAUGGUGUCCUGGUACACUCGUCUGCCUUGAGUGCGGCCAGCGUGGAAUCAGUUCCCACUCGAUGACGGUGAGGCUAUGGGCGUGAAUUAUUGUUUGCCUGUAUUGCGCCAUUAGACUGAUUGGCAACCAAAUCGGGCCCCAGGAAAUCCCGCGACCCAGUUCAGGAAAAGGGCUGUUGAAAAUGGAUGGAUAGAUUGUUUAUUGUUUCAUUUAUUUAGGUCGCCGCAUACCAGACCUCAUUCCCCUAUUCAUUUCUUCACUUGGAGUGUUGCCAGACAUUAAGUCUAUUCAUGGAAAUUACUAUGAUAGGGGAAGAAGGCUCGAAUUUAUGCUCGACUAGAACCUAAAAAAAGGGGGGGGGGGGGUAUAUUAAAUUAUAAAACCACAGCACCGAAACACAAGGUAUCAUACUUUGUGGGUUUUAUAUGUUAUGUGCAGCUACAUUUGAAAACCUGUUUUUGCGCACCCGUUAAAUAGUAAUUUUGAGUCCUUCCACCUUCCGUACAUGAGCAGCGAUCUAAACGGAAGUCAUCAAGUUCAAUCAGGACAUUUUCAGACUAAAGAGCGAAUAUGUUUAUCUUAAAAAAGGAAUUCGAUUGAAUUAUUCAGAUAUACUUGGAAAAUUAUGUAAGUAUUAUCUACAUUUAUUUUUUUAAUCGACAAAAUGCAUCAGAUUGUCAAAUAUUCAGUCAUUUACGAACACUUAUUUUGAAAGUAAAAAAAUACUUCCGUUGUUGACGUUGGUGAUUGCAUUUGUAAUGCUCACUUUCAAUGUUAGUCAAAACCAAUCGUUGUACAGGUUACAAAGUGCAAAACUUCGCUCACCGUCUGAAACUAAGAAAACGGAGUCGACAUGAUCUGAAACUAAGAAAACGUAGUCGACAAGAUAAGCAUGCUGCAGUAGCCUGACAUUCCAUGGCAUUUUUAUCUCCCACCUGGAUGACUGACGAGCAUGCCGAACCACACGGUGGCCGUGCUGGCCGCAUUGUGGUUCUUUUUCGGUCGGUACGUCAACUCUGAGCAUCUGACCUCCGACUGUGACAAUGGAAAGCUGCUUUUAGAAAGGGAUCUUCCAACGGAUGCCAUCUACUGGGGCUGUCCGACUACUGCUGCUUGGUACGACUCCACACAGAGGCUCCCCAGUGUUGACACAGUGUAUGAUCCUGAGCUUGCCUGGCAGGUCUGCAUGACUGAACCCAUUUCCUACCGCCACAGCAUCCCCAACAGCGGUGCUUUCAGGCCAGUCAGGGCACAGAGUGGAGAGUACUUGUACUGUCCUCCACAACGGUGGCUUAAUAACCUGCAUCACGGAGCGGCCGUAUUGCUCUACCAUCCCUGCGCAGCCUUCAGCGAGCGUGCGCUGGUGUCCAUACUGGCCCGCUCAUGUCUACACGACUACAUCGUCACCCCUCACCCACAGCUCAACAAAUCUAUGCCUGUAGCUUUGGUGGCUUGGGGGAGAACUUUGGAGCUUUCCACUGCGGCCUCUUCAGACGUUUGUGAUUGGCUGCAGAGCACUACGACCUCGGGUAGUCCGAUCAGAGGCAAAUACAACUUCCUGUUGACGCGCGCAACAAACCAACAUGGAUACAGACGCACACGUCGAGAGGGACGCCGCUCAGAACCCAAGGAGUCUGUGAGGCAGUGCUGUGAGCAGAUAAUCUCAUCAUGGCCGAAAGGAAAGAUAAAGGCGGAGAAAAAGAAAGUCCCCCCUGCAAAUAACAGAAAUGGGCAAGAACCUCAAGGGGAAUCAAGGCAGAGGCAGGAAAGAGCCGCGAUACCAGCAAAACAGGAUGAUGUGAAAUUAAAUGGAACAUUUCACAUGUCCGAUGUUUUGAGGAACCGGAAAAACAGUAGCACACAUGGACCAAGGACACACUGGACAGGGACUGCGGUUCUCACAAAUCAGUCUGGUCUGCGGAAAGGUGCAUCUCCGACGAAGAUCCAAAAUCAGGAUUUGUCAUCCAGGCCUGCAACCCCUUUUGGGUCUCGAGUGUCGGGGCCUACGCAGAGGAUUUUACUCAUCAAGGUUCCAGAGACUGAUGGACACAGGGCAGCAGCCACAAGUCCUACAGUGAAACAGGGGGUCUCUGCUAAACACAGCGCCAAUGCAGGCAGACAAACGCAGGAAAAUGAAGUCGUAGAUUUGAGAGAGACAGAGUCGGCGCAAAAAGCUGACAUGAACUCACUAAAGCGGCGGGACGAGUCCGUGGCUCCAAAACACAUCCAACAAGAGCGGCGCAGUGACCCGGCCACCACCGACGACUGUGACACCUGCACCACAGGACAACAGUCCGACUGCGUCGGGGACUCCGAGUGCCAAGCCACGUUUGUGAGCAGCGACUUUCUGAGGACCCCCAGGUCCGACGAGGCGGUGUGGGCCGGGGCGGCGCUGGGCUUCCUGCUGGUUCUCCUCACACUGUCUGUUUUGCACACGCGCCUCUACCGCCACUGGAGGACCAUGCCCAGUCUGUACUGGCACGAUCCACAGCAAGACUACGAAAGCGUGGCAGACGUUAUCCAUAGAAGGAUGCAAAUUCAAAAAAGGAGGCGGAAGAGAGGCCGAAGACAAGAGUGUGCUCUCCUGCUGAGCUCCUCAAGCUCGGAUGAGUACAUAUAGACAAAUGACGGAACCACUGUGUUUGGGGACUUGUUCCAAGUCAGGUGAAUCGUGUACAUGUUAACUUUUGAGUUGGAACUGUGGUAUCCACAGGUAGAUGUCAUUACGUACAAAAAGGGACGGCUUGUGAAAGCCACAGCAAGAAAAAAAAAACAUUUUUUAACAACCCAACCACCACAAUCUGAAAAUUCCAAUGUUGUAUAUUUUGUAUUACCGGUACAUUCGUUUUGACACAUUUGUGCAACAACUAUCAAGUCGCCUGAUCAUGUUUUUUUUUUUACAAGCAGGCAUUGUUGCUGUAUAAUACUGCAUGUGUAUUUCUUAGAUAAUGAAGGUUAAAGUACGUGAGUUAAGUAACUUUGGCAUUAACUCAUUCACUGUCACCGACAGCUAUAGAAGUGAAAAAUGUAUGUCAUGUAUUUUAACUAGGCUGGCAGUGAAUGAGUUAAUGUAGAACCGUUAUGACAUAAAAGUAAUUAAGGUAUAAGUUCUUUUGAACAAUAGCUGGGGGAAAAAAAAAUAACAGCCAAACCAUCGACAAUUAACUUGUUUUAUUACAAAUGUACAGCUUAUGAGUUUCCAUUACAACUGACCUUUUGAAGUCA